GCGGGACAGCAGCUCUCACUUCAUGAGAGAUGAGGGAUUUAAAAGAGCCUCCCGAUGGUGAACUCGGAAAUUCGCUCUCAAGGCAUUAAGAUGGGAUACUCUGGUUUGUUCGUAUCUCUGUGUAAGACCGACCUUGGGAGAAACCAGCGAAUGAAUCAACCUGCUGAGACUAGAGGAGGACCGAGUGUGUGCGUGGCAGGUUGCUGCAUUAGGCAGGCUGCUCUGCGACCCGAGUGAGGUGGUUGCUGCUGCUGCUGCUGCUGCUAUUGCUGCUGCUGUUAUGGGGCUGCAGGGGAUCAAGGCUGUUUUCUUUGACUUGGAUAACACGCUGAUCGACACCGCCGCAGCAGGCAGGCGAGGCAUUGAGAAGGUGAUAAAUGUCUUGCAGUCAAAGCAUAAUUACGAUGAAAGAGAAGCUCUCAUGGUUUGUGAUAAAGUCCAAGCCAAACUCCUCAAAGAAUGCCACGAUCCUUCUAAGAUGUGUAUUACUGACCUAAGGAUUCAACACUGGGAAGAAGCUAUACAAGAAACAAAGGGAGGAAUAAUUAAUCGGAAUCUGGCUGAGGAAUGUUAUUUCCUUUGGAAAACUACCCGUCUGCAACAUUUGACUUUGGCAGAUGAGACACGUGGGAUGCUCAGUGAUCUUAGAAAAGUUGUCCGUUUGCUUCUACUAACAAAUGGAGAUGCAAAGACACAAAGAGAAAAAAUUGAAGCUUGUGGGUGCCAGCCAUACUUUGAUGCUGUUGUUGUUGGAGGAGAGCAGGAAGAAGAGAAACCAGCCUCCUCUAUAUUCCAUCACUGUUGUGAACUGUUAGGGGUUCAGCCUGAGGACUGUGUUAUGGUUGGUGACUCCCUAGAUACAGACAUUCAAGGAGGCCUGAAUGCGGGUUUGAAAGCAACCGUUUGGAUAAAUAAAACAGUAGCAGCUCCCAAAGACAUUUCUCCAGUUCCCCACUAUAUUAUUUCUUCUGUUCUUGAUCUCCCAAGGCUUUUACAGAACAAAAGGGAUGCUAACUUGGAGAUUAACAAAGUGGCUGGUCUCUGCACUAUAUGUGAUAAUUCUACUGAGGGAUCUAUAUCUUAAGCCUACUAGAACUCAUGUCAAAGGGUGUCUUCACACAUGAGGCUUAAGUAUGAAAACACAUCAACAGAAACAACCUGCGUCCCUCUCCUGAUGUAAUUGGAUGGAAAUACUAUUUGCUCCUAUUCUAACCUUAGAACUCAGUUAUAGUUAAGAUAUCCGAUGUAUAUAUCUGAGAUAUUUGUGCAUUUUGAUGCAUUUGUGAAUUGUUCCAAACCUAUCAGUAUUUCCAUUGUGUGUGUUCUUUCAGUACAGGAACCAUUUAUUGCAAAGGUAUAUUUGUUUUGUAAAACAGUAGACGUCUCACUAUCCAAACUUUGAAUAUGCAUAUUUUUAAAUUAUCUCAGCAUUUUAAAUUAAGGUGCACCAUAAAUGGUCUUAAAUCAAAUCAAAACCUCUCUCUGAACAUUUUUCUGUCCCAACAUUCACAUUUGAUACUGAAUGAAUUUCAGCUUCCCAAGUAGCAUGCUCAAUGGCUCACUUGCUUACAUUAUUUAUUUUAGGGUAUUAUAUACUGCUUAUCACUGUUUCUCAAGUAAAAGCAAAAAACCAUCAUGUCUAUGUUUAAACAGCCAUACAAUUAAAACAUUAAAAAGAGAAUAGAUUUGUGAUACAAUGUCAUGCAAAUAAGAUGUUCCACUAUUUAUUCAUUUUUCAUAUACUGUUCCAUUCCUUCUGUCCUCCUUUAUAAACUUGGUUCCAGAUAAAAAGCGUUAUAAUCUGUUUUUAUCUUGAUUUUCAAGCCAAGAUAAAUUUUGAGUAUCCAUCUUUUCUGUCAAAAAAUUCCCAUGUCCUCAUUAUCUUCUUUCACUGCAUUUUUUGAUGGAUGGAUCCCUUUUCUCAGUUUUAUUGACUAAAUUCACUUUUACUAAACCAGAAAAGUAAAAAAUGAAAUUUAUCCUAUAAAAUAAUAUAAUGAAUAAUAGAUUCUAAUAAUAUUAGUAAGUUCUGUAAGUCCUUUUUGAAGUUUCUUGUGCUGAACUGUGUUUGAAAUGAUGUUUGUGUACUUCAUUAUUUCAACUAUGAUUUUUUAACAGAAAAGUUUUUUUAAAAGUCUUUGGCAAGUAUUGAAAAGAUAGCUUCAUAAAUGACAGGGGAGCUGCCCUAGAGAAGAAAUUCGACAAGUUAUGAAGUAACUAGGUGUCAUUCCAUUGACACCAAUAGCAUGGUGCACCUUGCUAUCACUUGCAGAAAGUAGACCAAGUAGACUGAUGAACCAUUGCCCAAUUUCCAGGGGAUCAGCUAGCACAGCUGGUUGUUGUGAUCCUUGCAAAGGAUGCUGAAUGACAUGUACCUUGUUCUGAGCCAAAAGGUACUUAGUGAGGCUAUUCACACAAGAAACCCAAUCCAGGCUAGGGCAGCCCAGCCUGGGUUGGGUUGGGCUGUUCAGAUGGAGAGCUGGGGUCGCUCCCAAUCCUGGCGCUUCUGCCCCUGCUAGUACAGCAUUCAACCCCGGCCCUUAACUGGGGUAAGAAGGCAUAAGUGCUCUGGGGCCAUGUGUAUGCUUGGGUUGGAGACAGCCUGAGCAUACACAGAGCCAGGCACCUAGAGCGCCUGGCUAGAGGGGGAACUGCUCACGUGAAGCUUCUUGGGAUUCCUGGAGUCAUUUCUCCACUCUCUAGAGAUAAUUUAUAUUGCUUCUUCUGUUUUAAUAUUUCUUGGGUCGUCACUGCAUCCAUAUGGUAUGCCUUGCUCAGGUAUAAGGUGCCCGGUACAAUUUGAAUUUUGUUACCAGGUCAUUUUUUGCUACAAUACAAUCCUGGUCAAACCAGCUAUCAGAUUUACAUCUCCCACGGGAGCUGGUUUUAGUGGCUUGGCCUAGGCAAUGCUGUACCUUCUGGAUAAGAGUUUGGUAGUGACUAAGGACACCCACAUUUGGGGACUCUGUCAAGAGAAGUGCACAGAGUUGCAGGAAGUCAUCUGUGACCAAAAUAUCCCUGACUCUUCUAAGCUUGCAGAUCGUUUGGCCCUUCACAGAGGUCAAACAGGCGGACCUGCUCAAGGACUACUCCCUCCCCCAAGAUCGCUAGGGUAAGGAACAAUGGAAGAUAGUCACUGUCCAUCUGUCCCUCUAUAUUAAAUUGAAUCAAAGAGCUCAGCACAUUUCAUGAUACAAAUAUAUAAUCCAGCACACUCACUCUUAGCCCAGACCAGCGGGAUAAUGAGGCAUGAUAAAAGUAUGUAGGAUCCUGACUUGGUGGUUGCAUAAAGAGGCUGGGAGGAAUGGCUUCAUAUACUUUUAUGGCAUACAAGUGAAUUUUGGCCCGUUAAAUAACGGGCGCUAGUAACGGGCGCUCUGGCCCCCCGCCGACAUUCCCCCUCCCGCCGACAGCCUGCAUGCCGCGGCCGGUCUCCUGGCUGGGUGAGGGCCCCAAGGUCUCUGCGGCCGCCGCCGCCCACCCUCCCUCCCUCCCAGCUGCCAAGAUCUCCUUACCCGAGUACGCCCGCG